UUCGUUUUAGGAGAAUCACGUUGUUUAGUGCACUGGCUAUACAGAAAAAAGAUGAUGGGAGACAACGAAGCUAGGAAUUUAAAGCCAAAAAAGUACCCGAUUAGUGACGAUUACAGAAUAACUGGGGCCGUUUUAGGACUCGGAAUAAACGGGAAAGUUGUUGAAUGUUUCUCUAAAAAAACGAAUCAGAAGUGUGCAUUAAAGGUAUUGAGAGAUGUGCCAAAGGCACGAAGGGAGGUGGAUCUCCACUGGAGAGCAUCAGGCUGUAAACACAUAGUAGCCAUUAAAGAUGUGUAUGAGAAUGCAUACAGUGGUCAGAAGUGCCUUUUGGUUGUCAUGGAAUGUAUGGAAGGUGGAGAACUCUUUAACAAAAUACAAGAAAGAGCUGAUUCAGCAUUCACAGAGAGAGAGGCAGCUGCUAUCAUACGAGACAUCGCUAAAGCCAUCCACUACCUACAUUCCAUGGAAAUUGCCCAUAGAGAUUUAAAGCCUGAAAACUUACUUUACUCCGACAAAACUGUAAAUGGAACACUGAAAUUAACAGAUUUUGGUUUUGCCAAAGCAAUCACAACAGAUUUUAAGAUGUUACAAACUCCCUGUUACACACCCUACUAUGUUGCCCCAGAGGUACUGGGUCCAGAAAAGUACGACAAAUCCUGUGAUAUGUGGUCCUUAGGUGUAAUCAUGUAUAUAUUAUUGUGUGGGUACCCACCAUUCUACAGUAAUCAUGGAGCAGCUAUUUCACCCGGUAUGAAGAAGAGAAUCAGAAAUGGACAGUAUGAGUUUCCAAGUUCAGAAUGGAAAAAUGUAUCAAAAGACGCAAAAGAAUUAAUACAAGGAUUAUUAAAAACUGUGCCAGAAGACAGGUUGACAAUAGAACAAGUCAUGAGGAACAAAUGGAUAUCUGAUCACAUCACUGUGCCCCAGACACCUCUCUGUUCAGCUGCGAUCCUAAAGGAAGAUAUGGAAAUGUGGGCAGAAGUACAGGAGGAAAUGACCAAUGCUUUGGCGACAAUGAGAGUGGACUACGAAAUGUGCCAGAUCAAAGACUUGGAUGAGACUGAUAAUCCUAUUCUAAAGAAACGUCAGAAGAGAAGUAAAGCAGAGCCCAUGUAUAACCAGUCUUAGUGAAGAACUGUCAACCUUAUAAAAGCCGCAUUAUCAUAGUUUCUUGUGCACACUAUAAGGAAUUUAUGACGUUAUGCAGAUAUUUCAUAAUAAAAUAAUAUCUGCUGAACAUUUAAAGAACACUAAAUUUGUACAUGUGUAUUUAAAGAACACUAAAUUUGUGAUUUUUUGUAUUUUAUAAAAAUAUGGAAAAUCCAAACAGGAUAUUGUAGCAGAGAUGCUUCUUGAAGUUUUAAAUAUUCAUUUAAGCUCUUAUUAUUAUUUUGAAAGUAAGAUGUAUGUUUUAAAAUUUUUAUUUUAUAAAAAACAUUGUAAGAGAGAGGGAGUGAUUAAGUUGGCUUUGUUUGGUAUUUACUAAUAUAGCUAAGGAAUGUAUAGAAAGUAUGUACAUGUAUAUGGAACUUUUAUUUUCCUGAAGAUUUUUACCACAUAUUUACUGUAUCGUAUUUUAUGUACAAAACAAGUUUAUUUUUGUUUUUGAGACCAAAUGGCACUCUAAAUUUAGAAGUUGUCACCACAUUAUUGAUACCUGGUAAAUACAAAUUCCAGAAGUUGUAAAAGUCUGGUUCGUUGUAGAACAUUUAACACACUUUUACAAUAAAAUGAAAAAUAGUUAUAAACUCUUUGUUACUUAUUAAUGUGACCUUUUUACUGGGAUGUUUUACAUUGAAUGGGAUGAUUGGGAUUGUUGGAGUAAUGCAUCUUGAAAUUCCAGCCUUCAAUGAAAUAUCUUCAUGGUAUUCAGUUGUAUUAGAAUUGUUUUUUACUUUACCUACAGAGAGAAGGAUUAUUAUAAGGUAAAUUUUGCUUUAUAUAAUUGUUAAAUAAGGAUCAGGUUAAUAUGUGGAACAUUGAUCUAGACUUAUACUGAAGACAUCUUGUUGAACAAGAUAAGUGUAAAAUUAUCUGCCAUACUUGAAUACAGUAAGAAUAGAAAUUCACGGAUUGUAUUUUGUCAAGGCUGUUGGAUGGACUUUAUAAUUUAAUUUUGUAUGGUAAUUUUUAGCUAGUUAUUGUGUAAUUAUGUAUAAAAUCAAAGAGAGUUUUCAUGGAGGAUGGAUAAUGUCAUUAUUUGUUUUAUUUGUGAGAAUUUAAUUGUAAUGUCAUUCAAUACAAACAUUCAUGAAUUUUUAGCUCAUUUGAGUCUAGCAUAUUUGGAAAUGUGAUGUAGAGCUAACUUAUUUGGUUAAGUUACAAGAAAUAAUAACGUUAGGGUUGUUUGAUUGAAACAUGUUUGUUUCUUUUUUUUACAGAAAUUUUAAUUCAAAUAGUUAAUAACUUUUGUUAUUUUGUAAUUGAGGGCAUGAGAAAUAAUACUGAAAGUUUAAAGAAAAAAGACUCCUUGUGUUUAUAAUCACCUUACUAGUAGUUUGGAUGUGAUAUGACAAGACACUACCUACAUACCAAAAAUUAUCAAUACUCAAAUUAGCAUCAACUUUUAAAACAUUUUUGAUAUAUUUUGGCUUUUUUAAGCUAUAGAAUAUAAAAAUAACUUUUAUCUAGAAUGAAAAAAAUUUUUUAGUGAACUUUUAGGGUAGAGGUGGUAAAAAGAUUCUUUUUCACAUUUAUGUGUAGCACGGUAAUUAACUAAGGGUGUUUGUUAUAGAUACGGUAUGUACAUGUAUUGCUACAUCCAUGUGCUACGCAGAGUAGAAUCAAAUAAAAGAGUUUUACAAAGAUU